ACCCGGCGAGCGGGGGAGAGGAGAGCAGGGGCAGCAACCGGCGGCAAGGAUGCAGAUCUUCGUGAAGACGCUGAGGGCGGAGACCAUCACGCUCGAGGUGGAGAGCUUCGCGGCCGUCGACAGCGUCAAGGCCAAGAUCCACGACAAGGAAGGUAUCCAGCCGGACCAACAGCGCCUCAUCUUCGCGGGGAAGCAGCUCGAGGAUGGCCGCACCCUGGCCGACUACAGCAUCCACAAGGAUUCCACGCUUCACCUCGUGCUGCGCCUCGUCGGCGGUGGCAGGGGCUCGUGCUACCCGUUCAGGUUGGAGCCUAACCUGCUCGCGCUUGCGCUCAAGUACAGGCAACACAAGCUUGUGUGUCGCAAGUGCUAUGCACGCCUGCCCCUCAGGUCUACAAACUGCCGCAAGAAGAAGUGCGGCCACAGCAAUGACAUCAGGCCCAAGGAGAAGCUGCGCUUCCACUGAAGCAUUGGGAACAUGACCCAAGUGACAUGCCAUCGCUGGAUUAAC